AUGAAAAAUAAAGCAAUUAUGCCUACUCUUAAGACAAAUUUUUCCAUAAGAAAGUCUAACCUUAAAGGCAUAAAGCUCGAUUGGGAAGAAAUGAUAAGUCCAGGAAGCAGUAAGCGAAAAAUUACCUCAAAUCAAAGCUUAAUUCACGCAAAUAGUCAGAAGAGAACUAAUAAAUCCACCAAAGAAUCAGACAGUUUACUUUCUCCAUACGGAUUUCCAGUAACUCCAUACUCCUCGCAGCCUAAAUCUUUGCAAUCCUUUUCUCCAAAAAAAGUCUCUGAAAGGGCGAUUUCUGUGCAUAAAGAAGACUUAACAUAUAUCUCAAAAUCAAGAAUUGAAAGAAUUCAUAAUGACAAUUCAUCUAUUGAUAAUCUAUCAUACUGUAUAUACCCCGAUUCCGGCUUCGGAUCGGGAUCUACUAACAGUUUUCGAUAUCAAUAUGUAGACUUUGUUUGCCAAUGUUUUUUGGUAUCCAACUCCAUAUAGCAAAUCUCAAAUAGCAAGAAAGAAGAAGCAUUAUUUUAGCCCUAUCCUACAGCACAAAUCCCAAGCACAAUCCCCAAAACAUCAGAGCUCCCAUAACUCUCAGAACCAAAGCUAAAAGAAGCAUUACUUUAGCCCUAAAUAGCAAGAGGAUUUUUAAUCUGGGUUUAACAAAAAAUAUUGAUUCGCAAUAGGGAACUCACAGUGGAGCCUGAUCCAAAGCAGGGAUCGUACUAUAACUAAAGCGAAAAGUGAUAAGCUGGAGCUAAUUAGAGAUAUUGCGACAUACGAAUCAUUGUUUUCAGAGAAAAAGUGCUUAAAAAGCAGCUUAAAAGAGCUUUAUAGCUCAAGCCAACAAAUAAAGUCAUCGUUUGACAAUUUUUUGCAGCUAGAGAAAAAUAGCAAAAAUCUAAAAAAUAAUUUAAAUACAGCUAUUGAAUCUAUAAUGGCAAUGGAUUGGGAGCUGGAAAAAUUGGACACAAGUAAAACUCCGAUAAAUAUUCAUAGAAAAGAAAGUAGUUUUGGAGCAAGAAUUUAUACGCAAAAUGUAAGAAAAGAUAAUAGCAAACUUAUAUAUGCUGGAAUUAGCACGAUAUCUUGCUUAAACUGUUUGCUAAAAAUUGAAUGUAAUGCAAACAAUUAUGAAUUGCUUGCUACUGCCCAACUGCUCUGCGGAAAAACAAUUUCGAAUUGUAUAGAUCUAAACACAAAUAUCAGUAGAAAGAUUUUUAAUUCUCAAGUAAAAGAGUUAAUUUCUCACUUUUGGCUGAAUCUGAAUACAUAAGCAUUAAAAUGGUGUGGUGAGCCAACUUACCUUCUUAGCCGAUAGAUUCAUUAGGAAUUGGGCUUUACCAAACUAAGUAAAGUCUGGCCAUAUAGACAUUUCUGACCACUGUUCUCCCUUCCGCAAGGUCCUAGCUUCCAGGUUUGGCCUAUCGUCAUCCAAGACUUUACCUCGUGGGGAAUGGUUGGCUGGAGUUGGAAAGGGGAAGCCAAGCAAGGCCAAAGAUGACCACUUGGCCAAUCGAGUAAAUUUUUAGCGCGAUACCAGGUGCUCAUCCUGGGCUCAGAUUCCAUUUUGGUUAACAGCUGGACCAAAAAAUUCGAUUUAUCAAGUUUUCGGAAAGGGUGAGCCCCGUUGGUGUACAGCAUGGCGACUCAGCAUCUCUGACUCUCGGCUCGUCCGUGAAAAGCAACACAAAUAAAGGCCAUAUCCAGAUUGGCAAGCAGGAAGAGCGUUAUAUAAAGGCAAUUAACAGUCUGCGGGUCUGCAUGGGACUUCUCUAUAAGUAAUUUAAUCAAGCAAGGCUGAAUCUGAAUACACCUGAAGAAACAUUAAAUUUUGAUUGAAAUUGUUCUAAAAAAUUCCUUGCUUUAACUAUAAAUCUUAAAGGGAGCAAAAAACCAUAUCACACAUUAAUCCUUAAAGAAGAUUCAGGAAAUGUCGAACUAAGCAUGCCGAAUACAUUUUUCAAAGUUAACUUUAAAAUUGGUGAAAUUAGCGACAAGCAUUCAUUAUUUUCCGAAAAUCCAGCCAAUCUCGCAAAAAGAAUCCAAGCAAAGCUAUAUCAUAAUAAUCGAUCUUUUUUCUGAAUUGAUAAUCCGAUCAAAGAAAAUGUGUUUAGCUUUAAAGAAAAAGAAUCUGAUUGGCUAGACGAUGUAUAUUUAAGUAAAACCUUUAAAGAGCUUCAAAUAAAAAAAUCAACUGUUUCAAAAGUCAGGUGUGGAGGGAGAGUUUAUAAGUUUGAAAUCUUAAUUGAUGGAGACUCAAUCCUCCUUUAUAUUGAAAUGAAAAACUUUUAAAAUUUAAAAGAUCAAAAAAAAUCUUUCAGCAUUUUAUAUUUUUAAAUAGCAUUUUAAAUACACUUCCCCUAUAAAUUGAUCUAAGCAUAGCUUUUUACGAUUUCAACCUUUUUUAAAUUAGGGAUAGUUUUGUUAAAUUUAAAGGGAAAAGUCAGAGAUAAUUAAAAUUUAUUCAGCCACAAAUGCAGUUACUAUUCCAUGAGGAUCGAAUGAGUAUAAACUUUUAUCAGCACUCCAGUUUCCUCAAUUAAUAUAUUAUCCUUUGACUCUUUCCAAAAGCUUAGAGCUGCCUCUUGUACUCAAGCAUUUAUUUACCCUUUCUUCACAUGAGUAA